AUGCCGUUUCUCCUGCCCUGGCAGCAGCUUACGCACUACCGGGAUGAUUAUUAUGGCGUUAGGUCCCGCCAUGAUUUGGAGAGCCAGUUUUUCGGGCGGUGUACGAGGCUUCGCGAAUGUAUCCUCUUGUCGUGGUUGCCCACCGCUAGUGUUUCCCAAUCAAUGCUUCCCGAUCUCACCUCUUUGGUCCUGGGAUCAUCCCAGCCGCUAAACACCAUAACCGCCCCCGCUCUUCAGUUUCUUAUGCUCUACUGUGGCCAACAUGAAGAAGCAGCCGGCAUGGGGUUUCUCUCCCGCUUCAUUUCCCGCUCGUCUUGUUCGCUGACGGUACUUGUUUUGUUCGGGGGGACCUAUCCAUGUCAUAUCGAGAGCGAUGAUCUCGUUCCUGUGUUGAAGGCGUCUCCUCGACUGACACAGCUCAGUGUAUAUGAUGUGUACAUACAGGAGCACUUUCUUCAGUGCAUGACACUGUCAACCUCGUCCGAUAUGGUCCCCCUCCUCGAAAACUUGACGUUGGACGCCUUCUCCUUCACUUUCAGCAUCUACCUGCUCUUUUCCAUGCUGGAAAGUCGCAACAUACUACAAGAAGUCUCCAUCAAAGGUUCCGACAUCAUACUAGUACCACAUGGACUUCUCUUUCGUUACGCGGCGCUCAGAGAGAAAGGCUUUCGGCUUCACUUUGGCACAUAUGAUGCCAGUGAAUAUAAUUCACGCGAUCGUCGUUUGACGUCGUCAGUGGCGGGAAAGCAAGUAUCAUUGCCACAAACAGGCGAUGACCUAUAUCGACCUGGGACAACACUUGAUCUCAAAUUUCAAACUCACAAAUCUGCAGACUACAAAGAUCUAGCCGCUACGGUGAUCAAGCGCUUCGAACCUUUCACCUCCGCCGUCGUCCUUCUAGUUCAACGACUCCCCGACAACCAACCGUUCAUUUUAAAGCUAGCCGACGAUGACGACGUGGAUACAGUGCCAUGGACGUCGUCCAUCGAUGACCAUCUCCGACGCACCAUACAUGAUAUCCAGGCGGGCGUGAAACCUGAUUGGUUCGAGCUCAUAAACGAUUUCGACAACCGGCCUGACACUAGGCUUUGGGAGGAUUGGAUGUGGGAGGUCUGCACUUGGAUUGGGAAGAUGUCGAGCUACGACACGGAACUAUCUGCGUAUCGACUUUUACAUCGGCUGCAAGGCCGGUGUAUUCCCCGUCUUUAUGGCGUCGUUCGUCUUCAAAUUACCCCCGAGUCUACUCCUCCUCUUCAUCCCAUCACUGAUGUCGUCCAAGGAGUUGAGGCUGAGAAGAUUUCUAGCGCAGUGCUGGAUGGAUUCCGUGCCAUCGAGGCAGAAAAAUGCUUGCUGCACAAUGUCGUCCACACCAAGAACAUCGUUCUGCGUGAAGGGAAUCGGUCCCCUGUGAUCAUUGACUUUGGACUGGCGAACAUUCGGAAUCCUGAGUAUAGCGAUGAGGAAUGGGAGCACGUCGUCCAGGGAGGUCCGGACACAUGCUACUUGCGGAGGCUUCUGGUGGAUCCUGAGGAUGGGCGUUGGAAGAGGACUGUGACGCCGUAUCACUACAAGAGGCCUCUACCAUUCAACGAGUAUGUGGAAAGCAUGCCUGAUGACUUUCGUAGGGUGACAUUCGAGAGUGUGUUAAAUACGGAUUGGGAAGGGGCGAGAGAGAAGACAACCUCUUUCCAUGUUCACGCAGUCUGA